AAAACAGACGAGCUUAUGGAUAUCGGUUCCACGCCCACACCGAUGGCCAAACUGUAUAAGCCAGAAAUCGCAUCGCAUUCACAAGUAAAGCAAGAGCACCACACUAUUGCCUGAUCCCUAUUCCCAUGGCUUCUGGAUCUUACUGGUGUUAUAGUUGUAGCCGAUUCGUUUGGGUUUCCGAUUCUCUCUCUUGCCCUGAUUGCGACGGUGGUUUCCUCGAACACAUCCAAGAAACUCUCGAUUUCACUCCUUCCGAUUCCUUCCACCGUCUCACCACCACCACUCAACAUCGCAGCCCCACUCGCUUCCCUCCUCCUUCUUCCUCUUCUUCUUCGACCCCCUCCGCUUCUAUGCACGCUUCCACCGCCGAGAACAGUCCCACUCCUACCACCGUUACUCGUACACGAAGCAAUCGAUCUCCUAACCCGGUUAUUGUUCUCCGUGGAUCUGGUGCUGGUGGUGGUGCUCCUUCUGAUGUUUCCGAAGGUUUAGAUCGAUCUGCUUUUCAGAUGUAUUACGAUGAUGGUACUGAUUCUGGUCUUAGACCUUUACCACCGAGUAUGACUGAGUUUUUGUUAGGUUCUGGUUUUGAUCGCUUGUUAGAUCAGAUCUCUCAGAUCGAGCUUAACACCAAUCGGAUUCAUCGUUCUUGUGAACAUCCUCCGGCUUCUAAAUCGGCCAUUGAAGCUUUACCGGUUAUUGAAAUCGAUCCGACUCAUCUCGUAUCGGAUUCUCAAUCUCAUUGCGCUGUUUGCAAAGAGAAUUUCGUUUUGAAAUCAUCUGCUCGUGAGAUGCCGUGUAAUCACAUCUAUCAUCCUGAUUGUAUCCUUCCUUGGCUUGCGAUUCGUAACUCUUGUCCGGUUUGCCGUCAUGAGCUACCGACGGAGGAUCUCACCGACGCAAGCGGUGGCGCUUUGACUGUUACCGCUACUGCAGAGGAAGAGGAAGACUCUGCGGCGGGAUUGACGAUUUGGAGGUUACCAGGUGGAGGAUUCGCUGUAGGGAGAAUCCCUGGUGGUUGGAGAGGAGGUGAUAGAAUGAUGCCAGUGGUUUACACGGAGGUUGACGGUGGAAGACUCGGUGAUGAGAGACUUCCGAGGAGAGUAGCUUGGGGUUCGAGAAGAGGAGGAAGAGAUGGAGGUAGUAGAGAGAGAGGUGGCGGGUUUGCGGGUCGGAUCAUGAGGCUUUUUGGAUGUUUUAGUGGGUCAUCUGGAUCCAUAGCUGCUGCUGCAUCAUCCGGGUCCGGGUCCAGAAUUCGGGUUACUCGUAGGACCAGGUCGUUCUCUAUGUUUAGUACGACGGCGUCUUCGUCAAGGAGACGAAAUUGGCUAGCGUGAUUACUAGAAUGAUCGGCCCCUCUCUCAAGGUAAAAACUAAACACGAAAGAACAACACACUCUUCUUCUGUUUAAAUUUUUCCUAUGUUCCUUAUUAAGUUUUUGUUUAUUUCAGUGUAAUGAUUAUAUUCAUUCCAAAAAUUUGAAUCUAUGCGAGUAAAUUGAUACAAAAGUU